AUGACCUCGCCUUUAGGUGCAAUCUCUGCAAGUAGUCCAUCAUAUGUGUGGACAAGCAUUUAUGCCGCAAGAAAGAUUUUGCUUCUGGGGAUCAGACAGAAGAUUCAUUCUGGUUAUGAAGUCAAGGUGUGGGAGGAUCCGUGGAUUCCAACGACACCUGCUAGACCAGCUACACCUGUAGCACCUGUGAUGCAUCCAAAUAUGAGAGUUAGUGACCUCAUUAACCAGAAAUCGAAGGAAUGGGACGUAGGGCCACUAGAGGAUUAUGUCCACCCCGAUGACAUACCUCUCAUAUGCAGUAUGGCCAUAAGCUCUACUCAUCGCCGUGAUACUUUCUGCUGGAACUACACGAGGAAUGGCCAAUACACAGUUAAAUCUGGAUACUGGCUCUCCAAGUAUGGUCCUUAUCAGCAAUUCCUACAAGCUCAGGCUCGUAAUGAUAAGCUUUUCAGGGGAAUAGACAGAGAGCCUUUGGAACUAGUUCGAUACGCAGAAAGUGAAUGUCAAGCCUGGUUUAAUGCAAAUGAGAUGAUACCACUGGUAGUACAGGCCAGCAAUAAUGAGGAAAUCCAAGUCUUAAGCUUGGGUAAUAUUUGUCUGCUAGAUGGAUCCUGGACAGCUUCUGAUCGCUUUAGUGGAUGUGGAUGGGUUUGGAUGGAUAGCGGAGAGAACAUACAACUUAUGGGAACACGGAAUUUUACUCGAUAUGAAUCACCAUUGCAUUCGGAGGUAGAAGCACUGCGAUGGGCAACACUCGCCAUGCCAGAGCUUAGGGACUGA